AUGAACGAGCGGUAUGAUUUCUUAUACAAACCAUUUCAUAAUGUAUCGGAAGCACAAACGGUACAAACAGAGCCGUUAGAUUUAUCGGUGCGGAAAGAGAGCGAGGAACGAAUACAAUUGCAGAAUUUAUCAAAUAAUGAAACGAAUAAAGAACAAACGGAAAGUUUCCCUCAAUCAUCACAUUUGAGUGCUCAAAAGAAGACGCGCACUAGUGAAAAGCCGUACAGUUGUACAAUAUGUGGGAAAAGUUUUUCUCAAUCAUCUCAUUUGAUAAGACAUAAGAGGAUACAUACUGGUGAAAAGCCUCACAGUUGUGCAAUAUGCGGGAAAAAUUUCGCUAGGUCAUGGGAUUUGAGCAUACAUAAUAGAACUCAUACCGGUGAAAUGCCGCACAGCUGUAAGAUAUGCGGGAGAAGUUUUUCUGAUUUAUCGCAUUUGAUAAGACAUAAGAGGAUACAUACUGGUGAAAAACCUCACAGUUGUGCAAUAUGCGGGAAAAAUUUCGCUAGGUCAUGGGAUUUGAGCAUACAUAAUAGAACUCAUACCGGUGAAAAGCCGUAUAGUUGCACGAUAUGCAAUCAAAGUUUCUCUCAAUCAUCGCAUUUGAAAAUACAUAGCAGGGCGCAUACCGGUGAAAAGCCGUACAGCUGUACAAUAUGUAAUCAAAGUUACUCCCAAUCAUCGCAUUUGAUUAUACAUAAGAGGACGCACACCGGUAUAAAGCCAUACAGCUGUACGAUAUGCUUGAAAGGUUUCGUUAGUUCAUGGGAUUUGAGGAUACACAAUAGAACCCAUACCGGUGAAAAGCCGUAUAGUUGCUCGGUAUGCAAUCGAAGUUUCUCUCAAUCAUCGCAUUUGAAUGUACAUAGGAGGAAGCAUACCGGCAUAAAGCCAUUCCGUUGUACGAUAUGCGGGAAACCUUUCUAUCGAUGCGAUAGUUUGAAAAGGCACAUGAGAACUCACAACAUAUGA